AUGUCAAACGAGAUCGGAGACGACACCGUCAUGGACGACGUGCAGCAGUCGCAAAACGGCGAGGCCGCCGAAGAGCUUGAAGCGGAGGAGACCAAGUUAUUCCUGCUCCCCGGCUCCACGCCUACAGCAGCCUCGUUCGAGUUCCGGGACGAGGGCCACACACUCGGCAACGCCCUGAGGUACAUCAUCAUGAAGAACCCUGACGUCGAGUUCUGUGCCUACGCCAUCCCUCACCCUUCCGAGGCCAGGAUGAACAUGAGAAUCCAGACCUACGAGGGCACAACUGCCAUUGAUGCGCUGAAGAAGGGGCUCAGGGAUCUCCAAGACAUGUGCGAUGUUGUCGCAGAGAAAUUCUGGGACGCGAGGGAGUCUGUUCCUCAGGUCCCUGCUCCCUCCAAGAAGCAGCUGCAACCCAAUGGCGAGCCACGGCUGUUUGAUUAG